AAUAGUAUGUAGCGUAGUUUUCUUUUUAACAAUCAUUUGUACGGCCGACAUCUUUUUAUGUCACACCGAUAUGGGUACAAUUACUAGUUACAACCGAACACCACAACUACCAUGUAUUUCAUCGAUCUUGAUGUACGCACAGUGUCAAAAUAUUUUAACAAACAAGCAAUUACGCAUGAAUUUGAAUCCUAUAUCGAUCAAAUUGGAACAGUUAUCGAAUUUCCCGGCCAAUAUAGUGAUUGAAAACGGUUUCAAGUGUAUAUAUAUGAAAAUUCUUUUCGUAGAUCGUACGAUUGUCACACCAUGCUAUAUUCCAAAUAGAAUCAUGUAUUUCGAAUUUGUUAAGUGUUUCCUCUGUGAGGAAUUUCAACCGAAAGAAUUGGUUAAUUUUCUUACAACAAAAUUUCUUACUGUCCAGGUAAUUGGCGUACGAAUUAUUGAACCCUCAAUUUCUGGCCGAUCUAACCAUGAUAAAUCGGUAUCAAAAUCAUCUAAAGCAGUCACGAAAGAGGAAUUUUUACUAGGAAUUGCUAAAUUUGAUGUAUCUGAUCUUUUGAGAGGAUUUCGGGAAGUAAAAUUGACGAAUGACUUAAUUCACCCUUGCAACAUAUUUGCUACCAAUAUUGACUAUACAGAUGAUGAGAGAAAGAAAAUUUCGUGGAAGAAUUCACCUCUUACCUCAGAUACUUUUACAUCGUACAGUACAUCAAUGAAAAUUAAAAUUCGCCCAACGUGUGAUUUGCGAAUAAUUCAAAAGAAGAUCAUUCGACAUGAAAAUAUAUUCAAUCGAAUAUUUUUCAAUUUGAACGAUUUGAAAUUAGCUAAUGAUAUUUUGAAAGAUGUAUCUCUUCAUAAUUCCAACUUACUGACCAUUUACGAAUCUUCAAUAGAAAACAAUAAUUUAAAAACACAGGGUAUGUUGAAGCAUAUUUUAACGGGUUUCGCUAUAGAAAAUUGUGAAAAAUCCUACAUUUUUCUGGAAGGUUUGUCAAACGGAUACUUGUUAAAAAUUUGGGAAAAGGCGAAGAAACUCCCAAUUCAACAUAAAUGCAUUUAUUAUAAUAGCAGUUAUGUAUUUUUUACACGACUUUAUGAAGACUUCAUACUUUUAGGCGGAAUUAUUCAUAUUAAAUUGAGCGAAUCCUUAGAAAUGCAACUUCGCAAGUGCAUUUUAUAUAUUGGUAAAACGAAAGCAACAAUUCAGUCAAAUGUUAUAAGGAAAUUAGGAUUGAUGAAUCUAUCAUUAACGAUGAAAUCUUUACAUCAAACACAUCUAUUCCCAGAACCAGAUGAUGUAAAAGCUUUUAUUAAUGAUAUUCGAAAAAUAUAUUCCACAAAAUACAUUCGUAAAAAUAUGAUAUAAAUUACUAAUAAUUAUAACAAUUAUGAAUUUAGAAUUUAAAAUUUGAAAUUUGA